UAUGGCGUUCUUGGAGUCCGACAAGAGGCGGUCAAAGUACUGCCGAAGCUGUCAAAUGUACUUUGAUCGCAGUAUUGUCGGCUCUGGGAACAUUGCCACCGUGUGUCUGUCGCAAAUCCAGAACCAGUGCCGGCCUGCCAAGUUCAUGCCAUCAAACCCUCUUUCAAAAUUUGUAAUUCAACAUACAAAAAUAGCGUGCAUGAAC